AUGAGAGGGUGUCCCUGGGGUGGCAAUGACUUGGCCCGCGUACCAGCUUUUUCCCUUGCCACCUGCCAGGGCAUCAGUGAUGGGUACCUGACCCACCCCGACUGCUGCCAGCCUAGACUGUUUACUCUGGAACAAACCCAGGCAGCUGAUCCAGACCCUCUAUACUGGAGUCUGGAAAAUGCAACUACAUCUCAGGCCUCCAGGGCUUACAACCUGAGCUGCUUUGUAGGAAUAAGGGCCUUGAGAGGGGUUGAGGGGACCGGGUGCAUGGUGGGGCUGGUAGAGGUGGCACUCUGGAAGAGGAAAAGGGUACAGAAAGGGACGCCAGAGGAUUGGCUCACAGUCAGAGAUAUUUCCUGCUUAAAAGGCACACAGAAGACGACGGCAGAGGACGAGGAGAAGAAUCAGCAUUCUGGGCUGCGACAACUGGCCUCUGUCUUCUCCAGCCCUUUAGAUCAAGGCCCAGCCGGGAGACGCGGGUCUCUGGGUCCCCGCAGGCAACGACACACGUGCGGCGGUUCAGACUUGUCUGGCUACCUGCGUCGUAGACCGCCAGCAGGGCUCGGCGUCCCCCACCUGCCCACCCCAACCACAGAGGUUCGCAGGAAAGGCCCGAGGCUCGGGAAUCCUACCUUGGCUGCCGGCGCUGCCCUCCAGCCCCCGGAAUCCUGGGACUCAGGUUCGAUCUGUCGGCAGCCUCCGCGGUCGCUUUCGUCUGCGCCUGAGAGGCGCCCACUAGAACGCAGGCGCCACCUAGUGGACGCGGGGCGGCCGCGCGGGAACCCGGAGGUGGGGUGGGAGCGAGGUCAGUCUCGGGCGGAAAUGCAGCCUGGGCUUCCCACGUGGGCGGUUUUCCAACACGCCGCGCACCCCGGGCGCAAAUCCCGGCUGGGGAGCAGGGACCACCUUCACUCUCUAAAGGGCACUGGGACCUGAACUUGUUGAACCGUCUCUUGCGGUCAUGGAGGAGCAGCCAGGCCCUGGCUGCUGGCCUGGGAUCCAUCCUGGGAUUUUCCUGGCAGGACUCAGGGAUCUUGCCUUUCAUCCAAAAGCUUUCAGUACACCCUAAUUUGGCAUAGCCUCUCUUUUAAAUAUACUGGACGCAUCAGAAGAUGCAAGGGACUGGGUUUGUCUCAAGCCUCGGGAGGCCUUUCCCCUACCAGCACAGCAGCCCUUUCUUUUUGCCUUGCCUCCUACUGGCACCCCUCCCCCCUUGCCCUCCUACCCUGUUCCCUCCAGUCUCUUUGGCUGAGCGUUAUUAAACACCCAGUCGGUGUCACACCCUGUGUGGGGUCCGGAGACACAGGUCCCCGUAGGAGUUGGCAACCCAGGUAAUGUUUCUGACCGGAAUGCCAUUGACAUUUCUUUGGUUGGGGCCUAUCUGGCAAGAUCCCUGAAUCUCUGGCACUAAAUGCCAGUAGCCACCCCUCAGUCAUUGUGACAACCAAAACCACCUCUUCAUAUUUCCAAUUGUCUCCCAGGUUGGAGGAGCAGCGCCCUAUGCUGAGAACCUAUUAACUGAUUAUUAAGGUCAGGUGGAUGCCUCCCCCUCCUUU